ACGUGAUCAUUUUUUUUUUGUCCUCCGUUUUACUGAUGUGGUGGAUGUUGUUCAUGGAUUUUCUAAUAGUGUACCAUCCUUGCAUCCCUGGAAUAAAUCCUACUUGAUCAUGAGCUCUUGAACCUACCCCUUGAACCCCAAUUCCACCCUCUAGUUCUGAAACUCCACCCCAAGCAAGCAUCUUUCUGGGUGUGUGACUGAUCCUGGGGAGACCAGGCCCCAGAAAUGUCCACUGCUCUUUGGUGCUCUGUGCACAUCCCCGUCCCUGGAAGGACCCACUGGGAGUCCGUGACUCCAUCCCCCAAACUCCUGUUCCCCUGGCUCCUUUUUCUGGAGACCCUGGCCUCAGCGUCCCGCUCCAGCGUCAUUCCGGGGGAUCCGGCCCCUCCCCCUAACCCUGAACGCAGUGUCCACUCGGGUUUGGCAGCUGCACCGCCCCAUGUGCCCUGACCGGUCUGGCUCCCACAGAUGUACGUGACACUCGUGUUCUGUGUGAAGGGCUCCCGCCUGGUCAAAUCCUCGCUCUGCCUGCCCCUGCUGUGCCCUGCCUUCCUGGUGGUCGUGGUCCGCGUGGCUGAGUACCGCAACCACUGUUCAGACAUUCUGGCUGGCUUCCUUACCGGAGCAGCCAUCGCCACCUUUCUGGUCACCUGUGUCGUGCACAACUUCCAGAGCCGGCUGCCUUCUGGCCGAAGGCUCUCCCCCUGGGAGGACUUGGGCCAAGCCCCCACCAUGGAGAGCCCCCUCGAGAAGUUAAGUGUGGCCCAGAGCCACAGAACUGCACCCGCCGUGGCCACCUGAUCCCCAGCUGCGUGUCCUCCAGGGCUCCAGCCAUGUGUUCGUCGCCCCGUGUGCCGCGCCCUCGGUUGAGGUCUGAGCCGACACCGCUGCCCCUGCCCCUGCCUCUGCGUGCACCAGCUCCCAGCCAGGGCCCCUCACCCUCCUCCCCGGGGCCUGGGGGGCCAGGUGGGGGAGGCGGACGUGGUCGGAAGCUGCUGCUGCCCACACCUCUACUGCGGGACCUGUACACCCUGAGCGGACUCUACCCCUCCCCUUUUCACCGGGACAACUUCAGCCCUUACCUAUUUGCCAGCCGUGACCACCUGCUGUGAGGCCCCACCACCCACCCAGAACCUACCCGCUCCCCAUUUCUCCCCUGCCACGCGUGUGUGUGCGUGUGCCGUGUGAGUGCCAAAGCCCCCUGUCCCCAAACCAGCCAGGCCCAGAUAUCAGCCUGGCUGGGAGGACAUUAGGGGGACCCUCCGCCUCUCUUGUCCUCUGGGACCAUCCAAGGGGCAUAACUAGGAGGUGGGCCUCUAGGGUGGCUCCUUUAAGAGCCAAAACCUGACCCUAUUGGCCACUGCCAGCCAGUGGGGACCCCCAGUUCUCAGAAUUCUAAGCAAAAGGACUUUACUUCAGCCAAUGGGAAACUCCCCCGUCAAUUCUUAGAAUCUCAGGCAGAGGGCAACUCCAGGCAGUGUUCAGCGUCAGAACAACCAGUAGGAGUCCUUGGUUUUCAGAAUUUCUAAGGUGGGUGGGUAUGAUUCCAGUCAAUGGGGGACGCCAGUGUCAUAGCGCGUGCCAAGGAGAGGAGGGAGGUGGGGUCAUCCUUUGUCACUGGGUCUUCUCAGAAUGAGAAUGCUCAGCAGGAGGGUGGGGGCAGGCUCCCCCGCGGCAGGGUCCUUGGCGCACCUAUUCCUAUCUCAGCCCCGCCUCCAUGUGCAACCUCUCACUGAGUCCCUCCUAACUCCCUACUUACGCAGGGCUAGCCCCAGUUCAGAGGUUUUUGGGCUUCAUGGUGCUGUGCUUCCCCUUGCCUGAGCCUGGGUCACUGUAAACCCUUCUGUUAGUUAUUAGGGCUGUGGGAAGGGGCCUGU